UUUUCAUUGCAAUUACCUUAGGGGAUUCAUUCAACUGCUCUAAUGACCAAAAAGAAGACUCAGGCAAAGAAAAAGCAGGCGCAGGCUGCUGCAAAUGGCGUAAACAAAAAUCCACCACCUCCCGCCCAGAGUCCUUCAUCACCUCCCAUUCCUAAGGGCCCUUCUGCAGAUGACGUUAAAGAGCAAGGUAAUGUAGCCUUCAAAGCAAAACAAUACAUAGAGGCUAUCGAACUCUAUACCAAAGCUAUCGAUAUCAAUUCAGCGGAACCAUCAUAUCUCACUAAUCGCGCAGCCUCUUACAUGGCUUUAAAGCGUUUCCGCCCUGCACUAUCAGAUUGCCAACAAGCAGCUACGCUCCAAUCCUCAGAACCCUCAUCGAAGACUCUCAUCCGUCUUGCACGUUGUCAAUUCGCACUUGGUUUAUCAGAGCCUGCAUUAUCAACACUACGCUCUGUCCUCAAUCUCGAACCUACAAAUGUAGCCGCUGCACAACUGAGAGACAAAGUCCUCGAACUAGAAACCCAUUUACGCAACUUUGAGUCUUCCCGCACACGCAAGGAAUGGGGCAUGGCACGCCUCGCAUUAGAUAAAUGUCUACAAAGCAUCGAAGCUGAAGGCGGCGAGAUACCAACUCAGUGGCGGCUAUGGAGAGUCGAACUCGAGCUCUCUAGAGGGAACUGGGAUGCUGCCAACACUGCUGCAAACGAUGCUCUUCGAUUAGAAUCCAACUCACCCGAAGUACUCGCACUCCGUGGUCUUGUGCUCUUCCUCAGCGGUAAACUAUCGCAAGCACUACAACACGUGGCUUCGGCGCUUCGCCUCGAUCCUGGACACGAGCCUGCCCAACAAUUACGCAAGCGCGUAAAAGACGUAGAGCGCCUCAAGGAAGAGGGAAACACCGCCUUUAAGGGUAGCAGACUCCAAGACGCAAUCGCACGAUAUACAGAAGCGCUUGACCGAAUAGGCGAAAUCGAAGAAGAAGGCAAAGGCGGUCAAAUCCGCGCUACUCUUCUCUCAAAUCGCGCUACGACGCUUGUAAAGCUCGACAAAUACGAAGAAGCACUCCUAGACACAGAGGCUUCUCUCGCACUCUACUCCACCUCCUUCAAAGCCCUCCGCACACGCGCACGCAUCAAUCUCCAUCUCGAGAAAUACGAUGCUGCAAUCGCUGAUUUCAGAGCGUCGAUGCAACAAGCUGAAUUUGAGGGUGUAGAUGCGGAUGUUAGGGCACUGAGGAGCGAGCUUAAGAAAGCAGAGGCUGCGCUUAAGAGGAGUAAGACAAAGGAUUAUUACAAUAUCCUCGGCGUCGCGAAAGACUGCACCGAAGUCGAAAUCAAGAAAGCCUACAGACGCGAAAGCCUUAAACACCACCCAGACAAAGGAGGCGACGAAGAAAAAUUCAAACUGGUAGUAGAAGCGCAUGCGAUCCUCAGCGACCCCCAACGCCGCGAACGCUAUGACAUGGGCGAAGACGAGGAUGGACAGACGGAGGGUGGGAUGGGCGGCGCUGGGGCAUUUAAUACGGCUGAUUUGGCAGAGAUAUUUAGCCAGUUCCAUGGCGGCUUUAGUGGAGGGCCGUUUGGUGGAGGAGGAGGGUUUGGUGGUGGGCAAGGGGCCAGCUUCCAGUUUCAUUCGGGCAUGCAGCAUGACUUUCAUUGAGUG